AUGGAGGGCUCAUCAGCUCGAGCACCGUGGAUCCUGGCUGUGCUGGCACUGGUGGUCGUCGUGGCUAGGGGUAUUUCCGUUCAGGUACCCAAAUCGGGGGGGAGUGCUGCAUGGACGGUCAUCCCGCACAAGGACAUUGCCAACAACAGCUACACCCUCUACCGGGCUGUCACCAACUGCGGCGAGGUGCAGCAGUUGCCCCCGUGCAAUACCACCGCCCUUCGUGCUAUUUGUGAGAGUACCCCAGAAUGCCUGGCUUUCAACACCAACGGCUAUCUCAAGUCGACCGCCAGCACGGCACACAUGGUUGACGCCAAAUCAGACACCUGGGUGAUGGCUGGGGGCAAGCCUCCAGUCACGCCCAUCCACCUGCCCUACGAGAUUCCCCCGCAGAAGGACCUGCACUACUCUGAGGGCCUUCGGAAUGCAUCGGCACAAGGUCCACCCAGUCUCCCCGCACUGCUCCAGGACGGGCAAGCCCCAAUUGCCACCUGGGCUCGGCUACAGUGGAAGGGCUCCACGAUCAAUGCCAGUGUCGAGCAGAUGGUCUUUGAUCGCUGGCAGUUUCGCGGUCUUGCACCGGGCACGUUGCUGAGUCCCGACGCGCCCCUGGUUGCCGUACUGGAGUACCAAACAGACCAAUGGGGCUACCUGGCCUUUGUCACCUCCGAUCCAUCUCAAGCUCUCGUGUUGCGACAGACAGUUGGUCGUCUCUCAGACAUUCAACAGGCCGUCUACACCAUGGAUGAGAUGUAUUACGAUCUGCUCAGUGGCAGUCUCACGGAUCUGGUGGCCACGGACAUUCUCGCCAAGACGUCAGAGCCCACCUCGGAGGAAUUGCUCAAAUACAUGACCCCCACCCCCGAUUACGGCCUCCUGGGCACUGUCAAGAGCACCAUGAAGUGGACGACCGCCAUUGUUGGGCGUAUCAAGCGCGCCGAUGACUAUCUCAUGGAAUUUCCUGCCAACCUCAGCUUCCCCUCACCAGGUUCGGUGGUAUUUGAUCCCCUAACGCAUCUCAAGAGUCGCCCUCAAAAUUACUCUGUCGUCAAAAACGGGCUGUUUGGGGGCUAUUACCGCGUCGUCAUGACCAGUGCCCGUAACCCUAACACGCCACAAGGCUUUGAGCAAGUGGCCUUUGCCGCGGAUCUAGCAGACAGAAGCACACAACUUUUUAUUCGCCUCUACGAUAUGGAAACUGACGCGACCACUUACUACCAGCAAUCGGGAAACGUCAGUGAUGCCCCGCAACCCAUUCCGGCGAGCCUCUUCUACCAGUACCUGCUUGUCUACCAUGCGAGCUUGCAAGCCACACUGGCCACCAAGCGCCCGAUGGCCGUGACCUUGCCAUCGACUGAGCUGCGGCAAAUGGACAUGGCCAUGGGAGCCCUGGUUGAGGGCCUGACGGUUUUUCUUGACCUGUUGCCCAAUUACGGGACUGGCUUUGACUACUGGAGCGUGCGUGUGGACCGUGGCUCGGGUCUGCCGCUGACGUCUUUUGCUGUUGACAACGCCCUCAGCGAGUGGGGCUUUCCCGCCCUUGCCGAAGCUCGCGUACAGUAUUAUAUGCAAACCUUUGUGCGCCCCGACGGCACUAUCAACCUCUACAACUGGUCUCAGCCGCCGUGCCCCAUGCCUGAAUCACCAACCGGUCAGUUCAACGAUGGCUUGGCCGACUACGGUCGCCUCCUGGAUCUCUACACGACUACGGCCCUCCUCUCACAGAACAUGGAUUGGGCCAAGACCAACCUACCGAACAUCACGCACGUGGCCGACUACAUACUCAGGCUACAGAACACCACCUCCAACGUCACCGAUCCCAGCGAUUGGCGCUUUGGCCUCAUUUAUGGGUCAGCUGAGCACGACACCUGCCAGGAUCAAGACUUUUACGUCGAUGUGCAAGCUUGGUCCUGGCGAGGUUUGUUGGAAUUUGGCAAUUUCCUCAACCAGACUGGGCUGGGGGAUGGGCAGCCUUAUCUAGCCGCUGCACACCUCAUGCAAACCAAGCUGUUUGCACGACUGCCCAACGUCACCGUCUUUGAUGAACAAGGCAAGCCCGUCUUUGUCAGCGCCAAGCUGCUCAACACCGACCAACCAUAUCGGUCUAUGGUUGAGAGCCGUGAGGCCGAGUACGCAAAUUUUCGCUAUUGGCCGGAGACGGUUCUCGCCGGGGCUCUACCCGACGGUUACGACGAAGCCAUGCUGGCCUACCGAGACACGCACAUGGGCAUCAUCAGCGGCAUGUCGCGCUGGUCCGAUCACUUGGACGACAUGCCCAGCCUUGGCUAUGGCUACGGACACUUGCGCUACAACCGCCUCCCCGAGUUCCACAUGCUUCACUAUGGGCACAUGGCCAAUUACAUGUCUCCAGGCGUCUUUUCGUCCACCGAACAACUCAGCAUCUACGGCGCCGAUCGGUUCCGCACCUAUGUGACCCCAGAGGUCGGCUCUGAGCGAGAUCUAGACUUUUGCGUCGUCAGCGCCAGCCUCCCUGCGUUUUUCACAAAGUGGCAACUGGUGUUUGCACCUCGGGAUCUGAACCAGGUCGAGUUGGCCAAGGCAGCCCCACAGCGCUGGUACGACGCGGGCAGCUUCGGCGUGUCUGCUGCUCGCACACGCUGGGGCGUCAUAUCCUUCUCGGUCGAGGCCACGCACGAUGCAACACAGCUUCAACUCACCUUUGAGCCCAGCACCCUGGUGAAUCAAAAGUGUCCGUCGAUUGUGGCCAGCGCCAAACUUCUGAGUGACCUCGGUGCUUGGCAAACCGUGGUUGUGGACGGGCCCAUGGUUGUCACGGAUACUGACACCACCUUGGGCACGGCCACCCUCGAGUUCACAACGUGUGCCAAUGCCAUAAAUGCCACUGUUUACUUCAAGCCAACCAGGGGGGCAUAG